AUGGAUUUUGAAAAUUUUUCAAGUAAGGACGAAAAUUUUUAUACGUUUAAUAACAUUUUGAUUCCAAAAGACGCUUAUGUUUAUUUAUUUGAUUUUCAAAAAGACGGAUUAAAGUGGUUUUUGGGUAAGUGGACUAAAAAAGAAGGUGGUAUACUUGCAGAUGAAAUGGGGAUGGGUAAAACAGUUCAAAUAAUUGUAUUUUUUUCUAUCUUAUUUUAUAAUAAUCUUAUUGAACGUAUUUUGAUACUUUGUCCUUUGUCAAUAGUUUUACAGUGGGAAAGUGAAGUUAAUAAGAUUUAUAAGAAAAUUGGACUUACAAAGCCUAAAAUAUACUUAAAGGAACUACCAGGAAAAAAUAAAAGGGGAAUUUUUAUAUUUAACUAUGAAUAUUUUAAGUCAAACAAUAAAAGAUCUAUAGAGAUAAAAGACAGUUCACUUAUUUCAAUGAAUUAUGACUGUGUAUUUUUAGAUGAAGGACAUAAAAUUAAAAAUAAAAACUCACAGAUAUCAAAAAUUUGUAAGAAUAUAGUAGCAACUUGUAAAUUUGUCGUGUCUGGUACACCAAUUCAAAACAAUUUACUUGAGCUUUGGUCAAUAUUUGAAUUCAUUGAUCCGCAAAUAUUAGGAAAUUUAUUAGAAUUUAAAUCAGAGUAUGUAGAUGCCAUAAAAGGAAAUAAUAAUAGAUCGAUUAGAAUGUCACAGGAAUUAAAAUCAAUAAUUGACCCAUAUAUAUUAAGAAGAUUAAAAUCUCAAGUUAAAUCCCAACUACCUAGUAAGAAAGACAAGGUUUUAUUUACAGCACUUACACAAAUUCAAAACAACCUUUAUUUUGAAAUUCUUGAUAUGAUUAAUACGACCAAACGUUUUAAUGAUAAAAGUCUUUUUAGAGGCAUAGAUUUACUAAGAAAGAUUUGUAAUCAUCCAGCUUUAGUGAAUUUAGAAGAGAAUAUUGCAUCACGGUAUUCACCUCAUAAUAAUUUAAUUGAAAGUUCUUGUAAAUUGAUAGCGUUAUUUAAUUUGUUAGAAAAAUGGUAUUCAUUAAAAAACAGAGUGCUUAUAUUUACACAAACAAUACAAAUGCAAGAUAUAAUUGAGAGAGCUUUUAAAAUACACAACGAAGAUAACUCAUAUGAAAUUAAAUAUCUUAAAAUGAAUGGAACUAUGUCACAAAUUGAUAGAAAAUUAACAGUUGAUAAGUUUAAUGAUGAUCGUAGAAUAUUGUGUUUUUUAUUAACAACAAAAGUAGGUGGACUGGGAUUAAACCUAGUAGGUGCAGAUAGAAUAAUUAUUUAUGAUCCGGAUUGGAACCCUACAAUUGAUUCACAGGCUAAAGAAAGAAUUUACAGAUAUGGACAAAAACAGGAUGUUGAAAUCUAUAGAUUCAUCUGUAGAAACACAGUUGAAGAAAAAAUAUAUCAAAAGCAAAUUUUUAAGGAUUGUUUAAGUAAAAGAGUAUUAAGUAACCCAAUGGUUUUUAUCAAGAAAGAUAUCAUGGAGUUGUUUUUAUAUGGAAUUCCCUUAAAUAAAAGUGUUUCAAUUGAGUUAGAUAAAAAUUACAUAGAACCUGAUAAGUUACAGAAAGAAGAUUUCUUUCAAACCAAUGAAUGA